AUGAUUAGCUUAUUAAAAGUUGUUGAUGACGCCUUACAUCAUAUUGUGCAUACAUUUAGUUCAGAAGAUAUACGAAGAAUUUUAUGUGUUUUACCAAACCAGGUAAUACAUGGGAACAAAACGUCUUUAUGUAACCGUCUUAUAAAUUUUUUAACAUCAUCUGCUAGUCCAUCUCAAAAAUCUUUCGCGAAAAAAGAAAUUUUAAAAGUUCAUAAUGCUCGAUCAAAACAGAUAAAACAACUUAGAUUACUCAACAAACCUAUACCUACACCUCUAAUUCCAGCGCCUAUUGUUAUAAAUCCAACCGCAUCCAUAACAUUUGAACAUGAUCUACCAUUCUUUAAGACACUAAAAACUGUGGUAGCACCCUUAUACUGCAGUCCUACUUCUUCUAAAUUAAUUAGCAUCUAUUUUAUAGAAGAAAGUAUUAAAAAUUUUAUUGUUCAAUCAUGGGAUAAUAAAUCCAACAAAUAUAAGCAUACAAUUAUUUUAAGAUUAGAACAACUUGAAAGGAAAUCAUUAAUUGAACGUCUACCUUACAACCUUAAUGUUUCUCUGAAUGGUCGUCAAUGUAAGUUACCUGAGUUAAAUACGGGUGAUUUAGAGAUGGAAGAUGAGUCAAAACUGCCAGAAGUACCCGAGGAGUUAAACUCAACAGACGACGACAGCAUUUCAUUUCCAUGGCGACAGAAUAUUCCUAUAGAGUUAACUGAAUAUUUGAAUUUACAAACAGGUUUAAAGGAUUUAUUAGGUGUGUCAUGGUCAGAUGAACCAAUUAGUUAUAUUGUUGGUGUUUUUGUAGUCCAAAAAUUAACUUGGGAAGAUCUGAUUGUAGAACUUAUAAAAAAACCGACACGCGCCUAUGAAAAAACUUUAAAAUUUAUUAAGGAACUUAAUAAAAGUGAAAUCGACAUUAGAGUUGGCACUCAUUCUGUUACUAUCAAGGAUCCAUUAACUAUGCAAAGAAUGAAACUGCCUGCACGAGGUGUAGAAUGUGUACAUUUGCAAUGUUUUGAUGCAAUAAGUUUCUUACGAAUGAAUGAACAAAAACAAACAUGGUUAUGUCCAUUAUGUAAGAAACGAGUUAAAUUUGAAAACAUUGAAAUUGAUGAAUAUUUUCUUAAAAUAGUUCAAAGUCCAACUGUAAGUGAAGAAUGUGAAAAUGUUAUUUUAUUGGAAGAUGGUACUUGGGUUGAAACAAAAACUAAUGCUUUUUCAAGUAAUUCAAAAAGAAAGAACUGA